AAGACCGACCUCAAGGUCUCACUCUCCUUGUGCUAAUGUGGCUAUUGUUUUCGAAAUUAGAAUCCUUUUUAUUGGCAUAUUUUUUGGAGUUUUAAGAAUGGUAUGAAAUGAAGCUACUCCGCGUGAUCGACUCUCUGCAAGGCGGGUCUCCACAUAAGACCAGUGUGGUCGUCUCGCGUCACGAUCAGUACACCGUCGGGGAGACCACUGGUGGCUUGAGUGUGCUAUUCACGAUAUUAUGUAUUGUAGACCUCUUUGGAGUGUUCCCUGUGGUAGCACUACCUAAGAGCAUUAUAGCAUGUGGAAUAUACGGCUUACCGCUGGUGAUGGCCGUAUUCAGCUUGCAGCUGUACACAGCAGUACUGCUGGGCAGGAGUUGGCUGCUAGCACAGGAAAUUACGCCAAACAUACGGGAGAAAAACCGCUUCCCUUACGCUGCAGUGGCAGAACUGGCGUUUGGCAAGCACGCAAGAAGGCUGGUCACCUUUCUUAUAGACGCGACCGUUUUUGGCGCUGGAGUUCCUAAUUUCAUUUUUGCUUCUCAAAGCAUGCAGCUGUUCUGGUGGAAAAUCACGGGCGGCGAAGUUGGGGUAUCGUAUUGCAUUUGGAUGUUGCUGAUUGGUCUGCUGCUCUGCCCGGUCAUGUGGCUUGGUUCGCCCAAGGAUAUGAAGCCCCUAGCCGUCACGUCUGUUUGCAUAGUGUUGACUGUGGCAUUUUGCACAUGGACCUGCAUUCUGUUGGACGACCUGUCGCCUCCUAACGAAUCCAACAUUUCGAACUAUCGACCUGGUGUGCAGGAUUUUUUAGUUGCAUAUGGCAUCAUUGCUUUUCAGUUUGAUAUUCAUCCAAUGCUGCUCACGAUACAAGUGGACAUGCGCGAUAAUCGAAAGAUUCAUGUAGCUGUAUUAGGAGGGUUCGUAGCUACUGGUUUCCUCUUCGCCGUCACCACAGCUCUCGCUGCUGUCCGUUACGGUCAGAAUGUCGAAAACAAUAUUCUUCAAGGUAUUCCCCCUUCAAUAGUUUUGUACGUCGUGGCGCUGCUCGUAACUGUCCAACUAUGCCUCUCCAGCGCUGUCGGAAAUUCCGCCCUAUUCCAGCAUAUUGAAGACCUACUCAAAAUACCUCGAGAUUUCUGCGUUCAACGUUGCAUAAUCAGGUCCAGUAUCGUCGCAAUGGCCGUCUUUUUAGGUGAAUCGGUACCACGUUUUGAUCUCGUCAUGGGUUUAGUCGGUUCUACUUUAACUGGACCACUAAUGUUUAUCUUCCCACCUUUAUUUUUUCUACGACUGUGUUAUAUGAAGUCAAAUAAGAAAAAAUACUGUGAUUUAGAUAACCUUAAAUUAAUAGAACGGACCGAUAAUCAAAAUGGCGGCCAGAUCUUUCAACAAAAUGGCGACACGUCAAAUAUCCCGCUUAUUUUUAAAAAUACGUUCCAUAAUACAUACAGGACGUUUACUAACAGUUAUGAAAACGUAGACGGUGAUCCACUGGAGGAAUACGAUAUAAAAUAUCAUGAUAUUUUGUUGGCAGUGAUAGUUGUGUUACUUGGUACGGUAGCUACAGUCAUAGCAACUUAUUCGAGUUGGUCUGACACUAUUUCGUCUGCUCAAUUCACUCCGCCCUGUUUAAGUAACAUUACUGCAGCAGCCAGGAGCUUUUUAGAAGUUACUAAGCCUACGUGAUAGUAUUUAUAUUAGUAGAAUGACGAAAGAAAAAAUUUUCACUUCUCAUGCUCUAAAAGUACGUCGAUAUAGCCUGUAAAAUAGCAAGUAGCGGGAGUAAAGUGCAUCCUUUCCCUAGGAAGACAAAGUACCUAAUUUUUUUAUUUACUUCGAGUGAACAAACAUACAGUGAUAAUUUCAGAAUUUUGGUUCGUAAUUUUGUUGUUUUAGAGCGAAAAAUUGAAUUUUUUUUUCUCGCGACCGAAGUGAAAAGCAAAGUUUUCACCUCGAGACUAAAAGUCAAUAUAAACCCUCGGAGUAAUAGUCACCUUCGCUAAAGCUCGGGUGUCUAAGCACCUUGGGUAUAAUAUUCUCCUCCUCCGUCGGUCCCUCACUACUGAGGAUCGUGACUUUGAGCAAGUAUACCUUCAAUCAAUCUUUUCCACUGCACUCUGUCUUUGGCUAGGUGGAAUGCGACACUCACUAGUACUGCCAGACUUUCAGCCACCUAGUCACACCAUCGUUUCGAACUUCGACCUUUAGGUCGUUGCCCUCAAUCCUGCCCGUAACAAUCACGCUCUCGAGACUAUCAGUGCCUCUGCAUGCAAUGCGACCAAAGAAACUGCAGCAUGCGGGGCAAACAGACGGAAGACAAGCGUUUGUGAUUUUGCAACUGCAAUUCCUCAAGCAUGGAUACGUUCGUACGAUGCGCAGUCCAAGGAAUCCUUAAUAGGCGACACGAACACCACAUCUCAAAAGCGUCAAUUCUUUGCCUGUCAGCGGCUUUAAGCGUCCAGACUUCCGCGCCAUACAAAAAUAUGGAAUAAAACUAGCGUGCGAACUAUGCGUGUAUACAUAGGGCGCACUAUAAGUUUCCGGAACUGGCCACUUACAUAAACAAUAUUUCAAAAGUAAUUACAACAUUUCAAAAUGGAACUGUUUGGCU